UUAACCCCCGAUCGAUUCGGGAAAUUUUUAUAUCCUGACAUAAAUUUGACCUCUUCUUAGGCAUAGGCAUAAGCAUAGGCAUAGGAAGAACACUUUUGCUAGCUGAUUCAAAAGUCUUCGUCAGGUGUUUCUCCUAUACCAGCUUUCAACACCGGUCUCUCGAAAUCCAUUAUAUCUUAGCCGCCUUCGAUCCCAUCUGCUCAUCAUUAUUGCCCCUCGAGACAACCGCUAGCAAAUAUGAGACUCGAGAUUCGAUCGAACUGAGCGACCCGUUGGAAGCAUGACAGACUAUCUCUUGCUUCAAUUACACCCCGAGCCUCCAUUCUGGCCACCUCAGCAAAGAUGGCUCCCGUAGCACAUCUGCCGGGCAUAGCAUCCCUUACUGAAUCCCUCGCAUCCUAUGCUAUCAUCACGAAACGUAACUCCACUCGAAAUUCGGACUUCAACGACCCAGAAACCGUAGCCCUUAUGACGAUCUCCCUCAUCACAGCUUUUAUUAGUGUAUUUGCGGCUCUAUGCGCAUUUUACUGGUUUGUCAGGAUGAGGAGGAGUUUCCGCCACGAUUUGAUCAUGCUUUUGAUUCAGAGCGACAUGACCAAGGCCCUCUGGCUUGUGGUCUGCCCGCUAGCUUUCUUCGCUAGGAAACCGAUCGACUCGGGGUCAACCGCAUGUCAAGUCCUAGGCUUUCUCCUUACUAUGAGCAUCGAGGCCUCGGAUAUUGCUGUUCUCUUGAUCGCUGUACACACGGCCUUGUUUAUUCUUAGGCCCCGAAAUUCCAGUGGCGCAGCUGGUUUAUAUCCAUAUAGACGAAUAGCGUACAUCUGCUGGGCCAUCAUUCCCAUCAUAUUAGCAGCAGUCGUACCAAUCACGGGCGGCCGUUUCGAAGAUAAUGGUCCCCAAUGCUAUCUACCUGCUCGUCCUACAUGGUAUCUCCGUGGUCUCAGUUGGAUCCCACGAUACAUCAUUGUUGCUGCUAUUGUGGUUACCUAUAGCUUCCUCUACAUCUAUGUUGCCAUCCGAUUUCGACGUUUCCGCAAAUACCAAAGGCGUGCUAGCACGGUACAUGGCGACGAUCCUCGCCCAAAUCCUAAGCGCGAUCACCGCCGUGACAAUAGUGGGGAUGUCCCACCCACACCGCCUUUCACUGACUACGGAUUUCUCGAUUCGGCACGAGAUAGCCUAGCAAAGGAAAAAGACCCCAGUGAUCAUCAACGCUCGGUUGCCUCGACGAUGAGCAGUCUCAAUUUUGGUGGGAUCACGCCCAUUUCUUUACGACGACCCGAACAAUCUCUACGAGAUCCGGCCAGAUGGAACCCCUUAGACUGCGCUAUCAACGGUUAUUUCGACUCGCGAGUGAGGCGCAGUAGCCAUACGUCGUUUUCCAAUCCUGCCGCUUCAUCACCGCGUGCAGAAGCAACAAUCCCCAUCCGCCUGCCCGAGGUUAUUCAUUAUCAUCCGCCAAAGUCUUCCCAAUCUGCCAACGGCCAUUCUCGAUGGAAACAUUCGAGGUCGUUCGGUUCCAAUAGUGUAACAGGCUCCGUCUCUAAUAUAGCUAGUUCCCUGCGACGUGGGCUGCCGCGAGCCAACGGCUCAAGGCAAAGCUCCUCGUCAAAUUCCGUCUGUUGGCCCCAAGAAGAAACCGAAGACACGAUGCAACGAUCACGCAAGCAGCAGCGACAACUCCGCCUCCUAUUCGUUUACCCGGUGAUUUAUAUAAUAACGUGGGUUGCACCAUUCGUAUCGCACAUCUUGCGGUAUGAUGGCAACUAUAGCCUCGCUGGGGAAACGUUGGAACCUGUGGCAUUGCAGAUUAUUAGCAUUGCGAGCCUAUGCAUCGGUGCUGCUGUUGAUUGUUGCUUUUUCUGUGCUUGGGAAAAACCUUGGUUGCAUCUGCGUGGUGGUUUUUGGGGAGGUUUGGCAUCGAGGUUGCGGAUACGCACACCCUCACGGCGGCGACAACGGGGUAUGGGUCGUACACGCGAGGAACGAUUCAUGGACGCGAUGAUGGCGCGUGUACGCCGCGAGCAAGAGGAAAAUCUCGAAAAUAUGAGUAGCGAAGCCGCGGCCGCCGCUGGAAGGCCCUCAGUACACUGGACGCGACAGAACACAACACCUCGUGAAUGGUGGGAUGCAGUGGACGUGGAUGAUGUAUAUGAUGACGAUUCUUCUGAGACGAGCCGCCCCCAAUCACCCAGGAUACAAGCUGAAACUUAACAUAAUAUUAAUCACGAACAACACCAUACAUAUGAGGGCUGGGCGCCGAUAUGUAUCAAGGAACGAACAAGGAACGGCACUAACAUUCUACCACAUGCGGGUCAAAUUGGAAUAUUUACGCGGGGUGCAACGACGGUCACGAUAAGAUUUAUUUGCAUAUAUGCAUGGCACGGUGCUCGGUUUUCAUUUUGGGGGUUACAAUGGUAUUAUUGUAUACACAUCGCCUACGAAGUAGGCUGGAGGAGACAGGACGUGGGGGGGAAGGCCAUCCAUCUAGUCAUUCUUGACUUUACUACGUAUAUUGAAUCAGCGUUACCGGAGGUGGGGAGCAUUAAAAAAAAGGGAUGGCAUUGGGUGGCGUUACACAUGUAAUAAGCGUUGAGUUACAUCAAG